UAAAUUCGCUACUCACAAUUCUUCUUUUCUCACUUUCACUUUCACUUUCAUCAUAAUCGCACCUCUAAUGGCUCCCAUUCAGCUCCUCGGCCCACCUGAGAUCGACCGUGCAAAGCUUUCAUCCGUCGCCGAUCACGGCGGCGAAGCCAACACUCCACCCGUCGAUACCCAUGGCUCCGAUUCAUCUACCAAACCCCAGGGGGUUCAGCCCGACCCGAACCCUUUGAUGGGCUUCACCGAGAAUGGCUCGGCCACUUUCCUCUCCACCGGAAACCCAUGCUUGGACUUCUUCUUCCACGUGGUUCCGCACAUGCCGCCCCAGGAUUUGAUCGGGCGGCUCGAUGUGUCGUGGGCCCACAAUCCCUUGACCACUCUGAAGCUGAUCUGUAACCUCAGGGGAGUGAGGGGGACCGGCAAGUCUGACAAGGAAGGGUUUUAUUUGGCGGCGCUUUGGCUCCACUACAACCAUCCAAAAACUCUGUCUGGUAAUCUCAAGGCCCUUGCUGAGUUUGGGUAUUUUAAAGAUUUUCUUGAAAUUCUGUAUAGGAUUUUGGAAGGACCCUAUGUCAGGAAAUUUGAGAAGGAGCAGAGGGAGAAUUCGAGCCGGAGACGGAGUAGGUUUCGUCGUGGACGCCGGAGAUUCUUUUACCCGGAAAACGAUGAUGAGAAUGAUGAUGAAGUUUAUAGUGAUGAAGUUUAUGGUAGUGAAGAGAAUGAUCAUGAUGAGAAUCAUGAUGAGGGAAAUGAGGAGGAGGAGAAAAUCAAGAAGGAUUCGGAGGAAUUGAUGUCUGAAAAGGAUGAAAUCAAGAAGGAUUCGGAGGAAUUGAUGUCUGAAAAGGAUGAAAUCAAGAAGGAUUCGGAGGAAUUGAUGUCUGAAAAGGAUGAAAUCAAGAAGGAUUCGGAGGAAUUGAUGUCUGAAAAGGAUGAAAUCAAGAAGGAUUCGGAGGGAUUGAUGUCUGAGAAGGAUGAAAUCAAGAAGGAUUCGGAGGAAUUGAUGGCUGAGAAGGAUGAAAUGGAGAAGGAUUGGGAGGAGGAAUUGUUGGCUGAGGCUGAGAAGGAGAAAAUCAAGAAGAAUUUGGAGAAAUUGAAGCCUAAGAAGGAGAAAAUCAAGAAAACUCCGGAGGAAUUGAUGGCUGAGAAGGAGAAAGCAAGGGCUGAGAAGGAGAAAGCAAGGGUUUUAAGAAAGCAGAGAGAGUUAAACAAGGCUGUAAAGGGUUUACAAACAUACAUUACUGAUGAAAAAUACAGGUUACUACAUGACAAAAUUUCCGAUCUUUUUGCAGAAAUGCUAGAGGCUGAUCUUGAGAAAUUGAAGUCAGGGAAUCUUGGAGACAUCAGCUUGGCUGCAAAAUGGUGCCCCACUAUUGAUUCAUCAUAUGAUAAGACCACCUUAAUUUGUGAGAGCAUUGCAAGAAAAUUGUUCCCUAGGGAGAAGUACACAGAAUAUGAGUGCUUAAAGGAGGCACAUUAUGUUUAUAAGGUGAGGGACAGACUGAGAAAACAAGUUCUUGUGCCUUUGCACAAGGCAUUGGAGUUGCCCGAGGUGUAUAUGAGUGCCAAACAAUGGAACGUGCUGCCUUACAAGCGGGUGGCCUCGGUUGCAAUGAAGAACUACACGAAGAAGUUUGCGAAGCACGAUAACGAGAGGUUUACUGAGUACCUUAGGAAGGUGAAGAGCGGGGAGGCAAAGAUUGCAGCCGGGGCAUUGCUACCCCAUGAGAUCAUAAAAUCAUUGGAACGUGCAGACCCGGAGGAGACAGAAGUUGCAGAGGUUGCCGAGCUGCAGUGGAAAAGAAUGGUUGAUGAUCUUGCCAACAAGGGGAAGUUGAGUAAUUGCAUUGCUAUAUGUGAUGUGUCUGGGAGUAUGUCAGGAAUACCUAUGGAUGUCUCUGUGGCAUUAGGAAUCUUAGUUUCUGAAUUAAGUGAAGAACCGUGGAAGGGAAACCUGAUCACUUUCAGUGCAGAUCCUCAGCUUCAUAAAAUCAAGGGUGAAACCCUGCUGGAAAAGACUGCAUUUGUCAAAACAAUGGACUGGGGUAUGAACACAAAUUUCCAGAAAGCGUUUGAUAGGAUCUUGGAGAUUGCAGUGGAGGGAAAACUGAGCCAGGAACAAAUGAUUAGGAGGGUGUUUGUUUUUAGUGACAUGGAGUUCGACGAGGUUAGGAGGGUGUUUGAUUUUAGUGACAUGGAGUUCGACGAGGUUUCAGAGAAUCCUUUGGAGGUUUCAGAGAAUCCUUUGGAGGUUUCAGAGAAUCCUUUGGAGGUUUCAGAGAAUCCUUUGGAGGUUUCAGAGAAUCCUUUGGAGGGUUCAGAGAAUCCUUUGGAGGGUUCAGAAAAUUCUUGGGAGACUGAUUAUGAAGUGAUACAGAGGAAAUUCAGGGAGAAGGGCUUCACAAAUGUUCCAGAAGUUGUGUUCUGGAACCUCAGAGCUUCAAGGUCCACUCCUGUUGUGGCCAACCAGAGUGGUGUGGCAUUGGUGAGUGGGUUCUCCAAGAAUCUGCUGACCAUCUUCUUGGAAAAUGGUGGCAUUGUGAACCCUGAGGAAGUCAUGGAGCUUGCCAUUUCUGGGGAAGAGUAUAAGAAGCUUGCUGUUCUUGACUGAUUUUGUAGUGUUCUUUCUUUAAGAGUUAAGAGUUUAGUAGAUGGCAAAUAAUUCUGUAAUCUUUAAUGCUUUCAACUUUACUGUUCUCUAUAUAACUAUGAAAUAUACAGAGUUAUUGCCAAAUAAUUAAAACUUGAGAGAGUUGCAUAGUGUAA